AUGACGUCUUCAUGGAAAGGAAUUGCUGAAGCUAAGAGAAAUGCCGUUAUUUCAAAAAUUCCUCCCCAGUGGAGGUUAGAUGCAAUCCCCAGUGCAGAAUCUGAACCAAAUUGCCUUGAGAUAUUGCUGAACCUUUGCACACCUUUCGAACUUGAGAUUGCUAAUUCAACCGUUAAGAAAUUAUCACAAGAUAUAGCUGCAGGAAAGUAUACAUCUCUUUCGGUUACCCAAGUUUUUUGCAAAAGGGCAGCCUAUUUACAUCAGUUGACAAAUUGUUGCAGUGAGAUCUUCUUCGAAAGGGCAAUCGACAAGGCAAAAGAAUUGGAUCAAAUUUUUUCCAAGACAAAGAAAGUAGUGGGCCCCUUGCAUGGUAUACCGAUUUCUCUCAAAGACCAGCUUAACAUAGAAGGUCUCGAUUCAGCUAUUGGUUAUGUAGAGCUAGUUAAUAAACCGAUAGAAAAGGGCGAGGUUUCCAAUUUAGUCCGAAUUUUGGAGGGCCUUGGUGCUAUUCUCUUUGUGAAAACUACUGUGCCCAUGGCUAUGAUGUCUCCAGAAACGGUUUCAAAUGUCUAUGGAAGAACUGUGAAUUCCAUAAACAGGAUGGUGUCUUGUGGUGGCUCCUCAGGAGGUGAAGGAGCCUUAGUGGGUGGAAGAGGAGCUUUGCUUGGAUUUGGAACUGAUAUAGGUGGUAGUAUAAGAAUACCUAGCGGUGCUCAGGGCUUAUACGGGUUGAGAUGUUCUUCUAAUAGGAUUCCUUAUUGUAAGAUUAGUAAUUCUAUGAAGAACGCACCCAUACACUGUUCUGUGGUGGGUCCUAUGGCAGUUGAUUUACAGGACCUCAAGUUUAUUGUGAAAUUGAUUUUGGAAACGAAUCCUUGGGUAGAUGAUCCGAAAUGUCCUCCUAUUCCUUGGAGAGAAGUCAACGCAAAUGAGAAAGCAAUAUUUGGUUAUAUAGAUAUUACAAGCCUCUCAUAUGUUCAUCCUCCUGUUAAAAGAGCAAUGAAAGAGGCUAAGGAGGCAUUGAUUAAAAGCGGACAUGAAGUAGUUUCUAUUACUCCUCCCACCUCGCUUUUAGAUUUGGCCGCUGUUUCUACUAAAAUUCUUUUGGCUGAUGGUUUCAAGGAGAUAGCUGAGGAAUGCAAAAAAUCCGGCGAACCCAUACGCUCAGAAAUACUCGGACUUGAUGAAAAUGAAGGUUUACCUCAAGAAAGUACUAUUUCAGAGUAUUUCAAUAAUUGUGGAAAAUUAUACGAAUUUCAGCAGGAGUUUGACACUUAUUUGAAACACUCAGGUUCAUUGACAAUAUCGGGUAAACCAAUUGAUGCAUUCUUUCUUCCUAUUCAGACUUGUUCGGCCUUCAAGCCGGGAGACAGUGAUAUAUUUUCAGUUUUUUGUACUCAGGUGUUUAACCUUUUAGACUAUUCCGUUGUUACAGUCCCUGUUACCGUUUCAGACCAAGAGGUCGAUUUUUUUGAAGAAAGUUACAAUCCUUUAAACAAGAUGGAUGAGAAGCGUUGGAAAUACUACGAUCCCAAAUUAUGUCAUGGUUCCCCUAUAGGAAUUCAAGUAGUCAGCUCAAGAUAUGGUGAGGAGAUGGCCAUUGCCAUGGCUGAGGUUGUUUCCGAGAGUUUGGCAGUAUUUCAUAAAGCUUCUCACUAG